CUGUUUUCUGUCUAUUGUGAUCUUCGGUGUCGAACGCUCUUACGAGAGGGAGUCCAGACCCGUGACACGCGCACGGUCCACCUGACGGGAAUUUGGGAAAGGCUGCGGGGACUCACCGCCCGGCAGUAAAAAAAGAUGUCUCUGCAUCUCUGCACAUGAUCGACAUUGUCGACACAUCCCACACACACCGCGGAUAUUUGGAGAGCCGCCAAAAAUGGCUCCCGUAAAUGCACACAAGAUCCCCAACAAGCAGAAGCGGCAUGAGCAGCUGCUCAAACUCAAGAAAGAGAAGGAGAGCAGCAAACGAGAUGCGCGGUUACGCCGGAGACGGACGGAGGACAAGAACCCCAAGUUGCGCGAGGAGAGGCGCGCGAAGAAUGUCCCCGCCACCAUUGACGCGAAGCGGACGUGGGAUGAGGGUGAUGUGGAGGAGCAUGCGGGAGGAGGACUCGGUUUGAGUGUGGAUGUCUUGAAUCCCAAGCGGCGCAAGAUUGAUGAUGAUGUGCCGGCGAGUCUACUCGGAGACACGGCAGGUGCUGAAGGAGAGGAGGCCGGGCGAGAAGAAGCAGACAACGACGAUGUGGACAGCAUGUUAGACUCCGACUCCGAACACUCCGACGCAGAGCAAGACUCCACCACCAAACCCACCGACAUCCCCUCCCGCGCACCCAGCGAAGCCCCCUCCACCGCCACCGACAUCAACCUCACCCCCGAAGCCCUCAUCCAACGCUUCCCCACCCUCUUCGACCCCGCCGCCGCCAAAGAGCCCAAAGUCCUCAUUACCACCUCCAUCAACGCCACCAUCCACUGGGAAGCCGAGCUGCUGACCAGCAUCUUCCCGCACAGCGAGUACAUCCGGCGCACCGCGCACUUCCACAGCUACAAGUACUCUGUGCGCGAGAUCUGCAAGUACGCGGCCGCGCGCGACUACACCAACGUCGUGGUGAUUAGCGAGGAGGCGAAGAAGCCGAAGCGCUUGGACAUCGUGCACCUCCCCGAUGGGCCGAUGUUUCACUUUACCAUUUCCAACUGGGUGGAGGGGAAGAAGAUCCCCGGCCAUGGGAAUCCCACCAACCACUACCCCGAACUCAUCCUCAACGGCUUCCGCACGCCCCUUGGUCUCCUCACCGCCCAUCUAUUCAAAUCCCUCUUCCCGCAACGGCCAGAAGUGCAAGGCAGACAAGUAGUGACACUGCACAACCAGCGCGACUACGUCUUCUUCCGGCGCCACCGCUACGUCUUCCGCGACAAGCGCGGCACGGAGAAGAGCAUCCAAGGCGCAGACGGCAAGCCGAUGAAAGGCGUCGAAGAGAUCCGCGCAGGCCUGCAGGAACUCGGGCCGCGCUUCACGCUCAAGUUGCGGCGCGUGGAUCGAGGCAUUCAACGCGCGAGCGGGCAGGAAUGGGAAUGGAAAGCGCACGACGAAAAGGUGCGCACGAGGUUUAGUUUGUAGCGGCGUGUCUUCAUCAAAUCAUAGCAUUGCCCCCGCCAUAUGAUACGCCUCCUGUUGCCCCGCCGAAGUCGACGGCGGCAAAUCUGCCAUCUGCGUGCCCCACUCGCUCUCCGUCGGCCCCAGCGUGAAUUCCAGCGUCCACCCCUGCAGGUAGAAGUCGUGCGAGAUCCAGUUCUUCGUGUACGGCUCGCCGUUCAGCGUGGCGUUUUGGAUGUAGAUGUUGACGUACUCCGGGUCGAAGUUG